GACACUACAGAAAAGAAGUAAAAAUGCGUCCAGUGCGAAUUUUUGUGAAUGAUGAUCGCCAUGUGAUGGCAAAACAUUCUUCCGUUUAUCCAACCCAAGAGGAACUAGAAGCUGUUCAGAACAUGGUGUCACACACUGAGAGAGCUCUCAAAGCAGUGUCUGACUGGAUCGAUGAGCAGGAGAAAGGAAGCAACGAAAAUGCCGAGUCUGAGAACAUGGAUGCGCCCCCAGAGGAUGAGAGCAAAGAGGGGGCUGGGGAACAGAAGACAGAACACAUGACCAGAACCCUGCGGGGUGUGAUGCGUGUUGGCCUCGUAGCAAAGGGCCUUCUGCUCAAGGGGGACUUGGACCUGGAGCUGGUCCUGUUAUGUAAGGAGAAGCCCACCACCGCCCUCCUGGACAAGGUGGCCGACAACCUAGCCAUCCAGCUCACUGCUGUAACAGAAGACAAAUAUGAAAUACUACAAUCUGUUGAUGAUGCUGCAAUUGUGAUAAAAAACACGAAGGAGCCUCCCUUGUCCCUGACCAUCCACCUGACAUCCCCUGUUGUCCGAGAAGAAAUGGAGAAAGUAGUAGCUGGAGAAACGCUAUCAGUCAACGAUCCCCCGGACGUUCUGGACAGGCAGAAAUGCCUUGCUGCCUUGGCGUCCCUCCGACACGCCAAGUGGUUCCAGGCUAGAGCUAAUGGACUGAAAUCCUGUGUCAUUGUCAUCCGGGUUCUGAGAGACCUGUGCACCCGUGUGCCCACCUGGGGUCCCCUCAGAGGAUGGCCUCUCGAGCUUCUCUGUGAGAAAUCCAUCGGCACAGCUAACAGACCCAUGGGUGCCGGCGAGGCCCUUAGGAGAGUGCUGGAGUGCCUGGCGUCGGGAAUCGUAAUGCCAGAUGGUUCUGGCAUUUAUGACCCUUGUGAAAAAGAAGCCACUGAUGCUAUUGGGCAUCUAGACAGACAGCAACGGGAAGAUAUCACACAGAGUGCGCAGCAUGCGCUUCGACUUGCUGCUUUUGGUCAGCUCCAUAAAGUCCUGGGGAUGGACCCACUGCCUCCCAUCUUCACAAUGUCAGUUGAAGUAGAUGGGAAUUCAUUUGAAGCCUCAGGGCCAUCAAAAAAGACUGCCAAACUGCACGUGGCUGUUAAGGUCUUGCAGGACAUGGGUCUGCCAACCGGCGCUGAAGGCAGGGACUCCAGCAAGGGGGAGGACUCGGCCGAAGAGACUGAAGCAAAGCCUGCUGUGGUGGCCCCUCCCCCUGUGGUGGAAGCUGUCUCCACCCCCAGUGCUGCCUUCCCCUCAGAUUCCACUGCUGAGAACGUAAAACAGCAGGGGCCAAUCCUCACCAAACAUGGCAAGAACCCUGUCAUGGAACUGAACGAGAAGAGGCGCGGCCUCAAGUACGAGCUCAUCUCUGAGACCGGAGGCAGCCAUGACAAGCGCUUCGUCAUGGAGGUUGAGGUGGAUGGUCAGAAGUUUCAAGGUGCUGGAUCAAACAAAAAGGUGGCAAAGGCCUAUGCUGCCCUUGCUGCACUAGAAAAGCUUUUCCCCGACACCCCUCUUGCCCUUGAUGCAAACAAAAAGAAGAGAGUCCCUGUCCCUGUCAGAGGGGGGCCCAAAUUUGCUGCUAAGCCACAUAACCCUGGCUUUGGAAUGGGAGGUCCCAUGCACAACGAAGUGCCGCCACCCCCAAACCUUCGUGGUCGGGGACGAGGAGGAAACAUCCGUGGACGAGGGCGAGGGCGAGGAUUCGGUGGCGCCAACCAUGGCGGCUACAUGAAUGCUGGCGCUGGCUAUGGGAGUUACGGGUACGGCGGCAACUUGGCAACGGCAGGCUACAGUCAGUUCUACAGCAACGGAGGGCAUUCUGGGAAUGCCGGUGGCGGUGGCGGCGGGGGCGGUGGUGGCUCCUCUGGCUACGGUUCCUACUACCAAGGUGACAACUACAACUCCCCAGUGCCCCCAAAACACACAGGGAAGAAGCAGCCGCACGGGGGCCAGCAGAAGCCUUCCUACGGCUCUGGCUAUCAGUCUCACCAAGGCCAGCAACAGUCCUACAGUCAGAGCCAGUACAGCAGCUACGGGCCCCCGCAGAGCAAGCAGAAAGGCUACAGCCAUGGUCAAGGCAACUACUCGUCCUACUCCAACUCCUACAGCUCCCCCGGGGGCGGCGGCGGCGGCGGCUCCGACUACAACUAUGAGAGCAAAUUCAGUUAUAGCGGGAGUGGAGGCCGAAGUGGCGGGAACAGCUAUGGCUCUGGCGGGUCCUCCUACAACCCAGGAUCACACGGAGGAUACGGUGGAGGUUCUGGGGGCGGCUCCUCGUAUCAAGGCAAACAAGGAGGUUACUCGUCACAGUCAAACUACAACUCCCCCGGGUCCAGCCAGAACUACAGCGGCCCUCCCAGCUCCUACCAGUCAUCACAGGGAAGCUAUGGCAGAAACGCAGAUCACAGCAUGAACUACCAGUACAGAUAA